UGUCGCGACCGGGCGCGGAGCAGCAGCGCCAUGCUUGCCAACGCGGCCACCAUGCGGAUCCUCAUCAAGGGGGGGAAGGUGGUGAACGACGACUGCACGCUGGAGGCGGACGUCUACAUUGAGAACGGCAUCAUCCAGCAAGUGGGCCGCGAGCUGAUGAUCCCCGGCGGGGCCAAGGUCAUCGACGCCACCGGCAAGCUCGUCAUCCCCGGCGGCAUCGACACCAGCACCCACUUCCACCAGACCUUCAUGAAUGCCACCUGCGUGGAUGACUUCUACCACGGCACCAAGGCAGCCCUGGUGGGAGGGACGACGAUGAUCAUCGGCCACGUCCUGCCCGACAAGGAGACCUCGCUGCUGGACGCCUACGAGAAGUGCCGCAGCCUGGCCGACCCCAAGGUCUGCUGCGACUACGCCCUGCACAUGGGCAUCACUUGGUGGGCGCCCAAGGUGAAGGCGGAGAUGGAGACGCUGGUGCGGGAGAAGGGGGUGAACUCCUUCCAGAUGUUCAUGACCUACAAGGACCUGUACAUGCUGCGGGACAGCGAGCUCUACCAGGUCUUCCGGGCCUGCCGCGACAUCGGGGCCAUCGCCCGGGUCCACGCCGAGAACGGCGAGCUGGUGGCCGAGGGAGCGAAAGAAGCGCUGGACCUGGGCAUCACGGGGCCAGAGGGCAUUGAGAUCAGCCGGCCUGAAGAGCUGGAAGCCGAGGCCACGCACCGCGUCAUCACCAUUGCCAACAGGACCCACUGCCCCGUCUAUCUGGUGAACGUCUCCAGCAUGUCCGCAGGGGACGUCGUCGCCGCUGCCAAGAUGCAAGGGAAGGUGGUGUACGCGGAGACGACCACGGCGCAUGCCACACUCACCGGGCUGCACUACUACCACCAGGACUGGUUCCACGCCGCCGCCUACGUCACCGUGCCGCCGCUGCGCCUGGACACCAACACCUCUGCCUACCUCAUGAGCCUGCUCGCCAACGACACGCUGAACAUCGUGGCCUCCGACCACCGGCCCUUCAGCACCAAGCAGAAAGCCAUGGGCAAGGAGGACUUCACCAAGAUCCCCCACGGCGUCAGCGGCGUGCAGGACCGCAUGAACAUCAUCUGGGAGCGAGGCGUGGUCGGGGGCAAGAUGGAUGAGAACCGCUUCGUGGCCGUGACCAGCUCCAACGCCGCCAAGAUCCACAACCUGUACCCCCGCAAGGGACGGAUCAUCCCCGGGGCUGAUGCCGACGUCGUGGUCUGGGACCCCGAAGCCACCAAGACCAUCUCGGCCAGCACCCAGGUGCAGGGGGGGGACAUCAACCUGUACGAGAACAUGCGGUGCCACGGGGUGCCCCUGGUCACCAUCAGCCGCGGGCGCGUGGUCUACGAGAACGGUGUCUUCAUGUGCGCCGAGGGCACCGGCAAGUUCUGCCCACUCCGCUCCUUCCCAGACUCCGUCUACAAGAAGCUGGUGCAGCGGGAGAAGAGUUUAAAGCUGCGGGGUGUGGAUCGCACCCCGUACCUGGGGGACGUGGCCGUGGUUGUGCAUGCCGGGAAAAAAGAGACGGGGACACCCCUGGCCGAUACGCCCACCCGGCCCGCCACGCGACACGGGGGCAUGAGGGACCUCCACGAGUCCAGCUUCAGCCUGUCCGGUUCUCAGAUCGAUGACCACGUUCCAAAGCGAGCUUCGGCCCGGAUUCUCGCUCCCCCCGGAGGCCGGUCGAGCGGCAUUUGGUAG